AUGACUGAAAAAGAAUUCAAGUUAGCAGACUGUGAACUUCGUUUUGAAGUUGAAGGAAAAAAAGAGACUGUUGACUUGAAGUUAUUAAGUGGAAAAGCAGAAGUGUUUGGAACAGAGCUGGCACCAGACAAGCCUUAUACUUUCUUCUCCGGUGCCAAGGCUGCUGUGUAUACCUGGCAUGGUUGUACUCUCAAGCUCACAGGAAAUACAGAAGGUACAUACAUUGCAAAAGAAACUCCAAUGGUUAUGUAUUUAAAUACGCAUGCGUGUUUAGAACGAUUACGAAAACAUGCUGAUGAAGGAUUGAAUCGUGGAGAAGACACUAGAGGGCCAGUUACAAUGAUUGUUGGGACCUGGAGAUGUGGAAAAACAACCCUGUGCCGAAUUCUUCUAAACUAUGCUGUGCGUAUGGGACGCAGACCCAUCUUCGUGGAUUUGGAUGUUGGUCAAGGAUCUAUUGCUAUUCCAGGCACUAUAGGGGCUAUACUGGUUGAGCGUGCUGCCUCAGUAGGUGAAGGCUUCUCUCAGGAGGCCCCCUUUGUCUACAACUUUGGACACUUAGUCCCACUAGCCAAUUUGACAUUUUACAACAUCCUGGUGUCUAGAAUGGCAGCCACAGUUCAAGACAAAAUGGUUGGCAAUAGAAAAGUAGCAGCUUCUGGAGUUAUUAUCAACACUUGUGGCUGGGUUAAAGAUGAAGGCUACAAGAGCUUGACACACGUUGCUCAGGCAUUUGAAGUUGAUGUCAUCAUUGUUCUUGACCAAGAGAGAUUAUACAAUGAACUUGUACGUGAUAUUCCUUUCAUCAAGAUUGUCUUCCUACCAAAGAGUGGAGGGGUUGUUGAAAGGACCCCACCCAUGAGAAUUUCUGCCAGAGAUGAUCGUAUCCGGGAGUAUUAUUAUGGACUUCAUACCAAGUAUCACCCACAUAGUUUUGAAGUCAAGAUGAGUCACCUUACAAUAUACAAGAUUGGUGCUCCAGCACUGCCAGAUUCUUGCAUGCCAGCAGAUAUGAAAGUGGAUGACCACAUGACUAAACUUGUACCAGUUGAACCAGGUGUGAAGCUGAAGCAUCAUAUGCUUGCUGUCAGUCUGGCUACUGAACCCAAGGACCUGCUUACAUCCAAUGUUGCUGGAUUUAUUUGUGUGUAAGUUUGAAAAAAAUAAGCAUGGUGUUUUGGGGAAGAGAAUUCUGAAAGGUUUUGGUAAUUUGAAGAUGACAAGCUUGAAAAAUAUAUCAUUCAUGUUGGCUUUAGUUCAAUUUUAGGGUAUUAGGAAACCCCUUGAUUUUCUGGAUGAUUCCACCUUUGCAAGACACUUGAGGAUUCUAUUACUAUUUCACAUACUGUAAUGAAU